AUGACGAAAGUUUGGAAAUCAAGGAAGAAAUCGGCCAAGGCAUAUUCUUGUAUAACUAGUGAAAUUUCUUUUGGAAACAAUUCGGAUGCCAAGACUUUAGUCAAAUACGACAUUGUUGAAAAUUUGGAAAUCAAGGAAGAACUCAUUCUAGGUCAAAAGAAUACCAGAAGUGAGUCCAAGAAAUCAACAAGAAGACGAGUUCGUUGGCCAUAUUCUCGUACAACUACUGAAUUUCCUUCUGACAAUAAUUGGGGUGCCAAGACUUCAGUCGAAUACGACUAUGAUGAAACUUUGGAAAUCAAGGAAGAAGAAAUAAACCCAGAUGAAGAGAUUGCUCAAAGAAAGGGUCAUAAAGUGCAGGUAGCAAGUCCAGCCCCGUUAAAGGAGUACAAAUGCGAAACGUGUGCUCGAACCUAUAAACGGAAAGAAAGUUUGCAUCGUCAUAAAAAAUUCGAAUGCAACGUCAUGCCACAAUUCAUAUAUCAACAGAACUUCAUGUGUGAGUCGAAGAAAUCAGCACAAAGACGAGAUGGCGGGCCAUAUUAUUUUAGAACUACUGGCAUAUCAUUUGAAAAUAAUUCUGAUGUCAAGGAUUUAAAUUCCCUAAUUAAAUACGAAAAUGACGAAACAGUGGAAAUCAAGGAAGAAAUCGGCCAAGACCAAGAGUCGAAAGAAGCAACAGGAAAAAAACGUCAUGAAAAAUAUGAGUUAGAAUUUUGUACAGUACAAAUAGUUGAAGACGAUGUGUUGACUGUCAACAGGAAACUGCAGGCCCCAAAGAAGCGCCGAAUUCUGGAUUUAAAACCAGACAAGAAGCACAAAUGCGAAAAGUGCGCUCGAAGCUAUAAAAAUAAAUCUCAUUUGAACCGUCACCAAAAAUUCGAAUGCGGCGUCAAGCCACAGUUCACUUGUCAAUUCUGCGGCAAAAGCUUUAAACAGAAAAGUAGCAUGAGUUCCCACGUGGGUGUCGUGCAUCUUAAAACAAACUUACAGACGAAUCAAAUGAGACAUAAUUGCGACAAAUGUUCUCGAAGUUACUUUAGUCGAUCAAGUUUAUAUGAACAUAAACGCUUCGAACACACUGAAAUGGGACCACAUUAUCAAGAGAGUUUAAAGAGGGAUCCGAAAAAAUCUAAAGGAAGACAAGAUGGUGGGCCGUAUUCUUGUAUAACUACUAAAAUACCUUGUCACAAUAAUUUUAACGAAAAUAACGAAAAUGUGGAAACCAAGGAAGAAGUCAUCCAAGAUGAAGAGUCGACAGAGCAAAUGCUAGAUAUAAAUUAUGAGUUAAAAUUGUGUGCCGUAGGUACAAUACAGCAUAAAGUUCAGGAUUUAAAGCUGGAAAAGAAAUACAAAUGCGAAAAGUGUGCCCGAAGCUAUAAAUGGAAAGAGAGCUUGAGUCGUCAUAAAAGGUACGAAUGUGACGUGAGACCGCAGUUCUGUUAUCACCAGCACAGGAAUUGGUGGAAGAAAUCCACAGGUGGCCCAUAUUCUUGUACAGUUACUAAAACUCCUUCUGUCAAUAAAUCUGCUGACAAAACUUUAAUCGAAUAUGACAAUGAUGAAACUUUGGAAAUCAAGGAAGAAAUUAUUCACGAUCAAGAGACAACAAGCCAAAAGUGCAAUAAAAAAUACAAGACAAAGUUGUGUACUCCAAAUGUAAGAAAAACGGAUGUUUCGGUUGUUAAAAGAAAACUCCGGAGCCAAAGAAAGCCGAGAAUUCAGCAACCAAAACAGAAACCGGAAAAUAAAUACAAAUGCGAUAAGUGUGCGCGAGCCUAUCAACAGAAACAGAAUUUGACUGUUCAUCAAAAAUUCGAAUGCGGUGUCAUGCCACAGUUCACUUGUCAAAUUUGCGGAAAACAAUUUAAAAGAGCAUUUCACGUGCGCAGCCACAUAAAUCACGUGCAUCUUAAAAAAAACAUAAAGACGUCUCAAACCAAGCAUAAUUGUGAUAAAUGUUCUCGACGUUAUCACACGUCAACUGGUUUAAGUGACCAUAAACGUGUAGAACACGCAACGGUAAAACCACAAUUUACGUGCAAUAUUUGUUAUUAUAAAACCAACCGAAAAGUAUGCUUAUUAAGGCAUAUUACUUCACGUCAUACGAUUGAAUUCAGUAUGCAUACAUAGUUAUCAAAUAUAUACAUAUAUAAAUAUAUCAUACAUAAAUAUAAUAUAUAAAAUCG